AUGUCCGCGCAGUCAGUCGCCGACUCCGUUCUGGGCUUAACUCAAUCCGAGUUGUUUCUCCUCCGACAACAACAACAAAUCCUGGCCCAGCGAAGUCAUCAAGGCGGCAUGCCCGACCGUGGCCGUGGCACUAGCAGGCAGUCGCAGCCCAGCUCCCGUGCGGUCAGUGCCGCCAGUAGCCAGAGUGUCCCAGGGCGGAUUAUGCUAGAUCCUCAUAGUCUGCAGACUUUACUUGCGCACCUGGAGAGUGUGAUGAGGACUAUCCAGCGGCGAAUUGGUGAGCUCGAAGAUGCAACCGAACAGUCGGUCAGCAAUUCCAGUAACCAGGCUAGAGGCACCGUGCAGAAUGCAGAUAACGAGAUCGCCAGGAUGCGGCGCAUCAUAGCUGAGAUCGACAAGCUCGAAGAAGAUUUUGAGAAGACCAAGCGGAUUCGGGACAAGAUAAAGGGCAUCCGCAACAACGUGGAUGAGCUGAGUGACAGACUCGAUCGCUCUCGCCCAAGCGGCCACAGCUCUGGCGGAGCACGACCUCGGCGCUGA